CACCAUACAUUCCAAACAGAGGACUAUUUCAUUGGAGAUAUGAGAGGGCUCUCUCCACUUUUCUUGACUGACUGAGAGACACUUUUCUUCCUUGAGUAUUGCUUCCUCUUCGUUGAUACUAACAGGAUAAAUAUCAGAGCCUUACAGGAUGUGUGUGGUGUAGCAUGACAGGCAACUGGGGUUUCCUUUGAUGUAACUGUGGACUUGACAGCAUUAACAGAGGAAAGGUCGGUAGUCGGACACCCUGGUGUGCUGGGCCAGCAGGUGGGGAGAGCGGCCGCUGCUUCUGUGACUGUGGAGGAUGUGCUGUUGCAAGAGGUGCCCAGUUCCACUGGAGAAUCAAAACUAAACAGAGCCUUUAUUUGACUUCUUCAGAAUCCAUGGUUUCACAACGGUCCUUUGACUGUGUCCUGCUGCUGCUGCCACUACUCACAAGAUCCUGUCCUGUGUUUGAAUGUUAUAGUACGUUGCUCAGCACAGAUGGAAGGAACUUGAAAUAUCAGACAUCCGACAGAUACCAGCUAAAGAGGAAUUUCCGCAAAGGAGAUGUGUCCUUGACUAUAGAGAAUGUGACUCUAGAUGACAGUGGGACCUAUUGCUGCCGGAUCCAAUUCCCAGGCCUAAUGAAUGAUAAAAAAUUAAACCUGGAGUUGGUCAUCAAACCAGCCAAGGUCACCCCUGCUCGGCCUACACGCAGAGACUUCACUACAGCCUUUCCAAGGAAUCUCACCACCAAGGGAUAUGGCUCAGAGACACAGACACUGGAACCCCUCCAUGAUAAAAAUCAAACGUUCCACAGCCUCGUCACUAUGGCCAACAUCCCUCCCUCAGGGUUAGCAAAUAUAGCAGCAGAAGGAAUGCGCUCGGAGGAAAACAUCUAUAUCAUUGAGGAGAACAUAUACGAAACUGAAGAUCCAUAUGAAUACUACUGCUAUGUCAGCAAGGAAGAGCUAUCUUGACAACCCAGAGGUCUAACCCUUUAAUGCCACCAAAUCCCACGACUUCAUUUUUGAGCAUGGUAUCAUCAUGAAAGCCAUGAAAUGUGUCAGCUGACUGGUUUUAGAAGCCCUGUCCAUGGACACCAAGCAGAGUUUCUACAUUUUCUACAGAAAAUUGGCUCACGCAUGGAUGGAACCAUGUCCUGCUCUGUACUUAGGCACAACAUUACCUCUCUAUUUCAGCCAACAGGGCGACCCAAUUCAGAGAAUGCUAAUCAGGGUAUUAGGGCUCAAAUGGGCUUUUAUAUAGGGUAGGAAUUAUUAUUUUUUAAUGUUUAAUCAUUUUUGAGAGAGACAGAGCACAAGUGUGGGGGU